ACAGAGCCUAAACAUUGAAAUUGUUAGAAAGCCUAAUCUGGUCGUUGGAACCUGAAUCGUAAUACAGGAGACAGUGAUGGAUCAUAUCGAAUGCUUCUCCUACAAAAUGUGAUAAAGUAAUUAAGAAAUUGUCAGCGAGAAGACGGAUUUUCGUUGCAAAAUGUUAGCACCGUACAGUUUUGCUUGAUUCUACAUUUGCGACAUUACAUCGCCCUAAAAGCAUUAUAUAUGGUAGGCAUUGAUUAAUCAGAUAUAUUAGCGAGUUCUCGAGCUGUAAUUUCAUUUGUAUCAAAUCCGAGAGGACUCUUUCCAGGCCAGCACUUACCUAUACGUUGCUCCAAUGUGUAACAUCACGCUCAACGGUUCCGAAUGCACUGUCUCUAUUAGAGCGCUGGUAUGUGGUAUAGGUUUUUGGUCUUUUUCAAUCAGUCGGGCAUACUUUCAGUAGUUUUUCAGAUAUACAAUAUUCAAUGGUAUUGGAGGAAGCGUUUUGAUGGCACAUUGCUGGAGAAGAGAUUCAGACGGGGACUAAAAUUAGGAUUUUCUCUUAUGAGACUGGGGAGUAUGCAUCACUAAACCAGGUGGAUUUAUAGAAUGACAUCUACGGGAAACCGCCUAGAACAAGUACCGAGUAAGCAGUCAUUCUGUGGCUCUCUAAGGAGGGAUGCUCACUGGAAAUGUAUGAUUUUGACGUUACUCAUAUAUGGAUGCCUCUCAGCGAUAAUUUGGUGUCGACUCGCCGUCAUCACAACUAUAACAGUUAGUUACUAUGGUCAUCGGAUGGCUAACACACAUGUGACCAGUUCUAAACCGUGUGAAGACGGAUACAUCUACAUUCCUAUUGCUUUUGUUAUAAUGCUAUACCUCGUUUAUCUUGUGGAAUGUUGGCAUUGUCACACAAGAUUAGAAUUAAAACAUAAAACUGAUGUUCACGCAGUUUAUGAAAAAAUACAACAAAUGCAGGAAUCUAUUCCUAUUAUAUGGUGGAAAGCACUUUGUUAUCAUUACAUUAGAAAGACACGCCACGUGACUAGAUACAGAAAUGGCGACUCUUUCACUAGUACUCAAGUAUACUAUGAACGCGUCAAUUCCCACACGGCAGGGUCAGCAUUCAAUUUCACACAGUGCGGAAUUAAGGACGUGUCCGCUUCGCUCACCGGUUUGGAGAAUUUUCCCGCUACCAAAAUUAGAUUCACAAAAGGAUAUUCAUUCUUGUGUUCCGAAGCAGAAUACGAAUUUGAUGAACAACGAAAUAGAUUUUACAGAGAUAAUGAAAGAAGGGACGACUACAUUGAGACAAGGGAAGGACUUGAUUUACUUAAUGUGAAUUUCAAGCAGUACAUGAUUGCUUUCAGAGAUCCCGAUAAUCUCCCUUGGUAUGUGUCACAUGUGAUAUUUUGGAUUGCUUCCUUUCUUCUCCUGUCUUGGCCUUUGAGAGUAAUCAUUGAAUAUAAAACUGCCUAUGUUCAUUACCACGUUCAUAAAGUUUUUGGCACAAAUUAUUUGGAAAAUGACACAGAAUCUACGCCUAUAACGCGCGUCAAUACUCUGGGGAGCUCAGAUCUAGAAGUUUUAAUACAGAACAAUGACAUAGCCCCAAGUUAUUCUGAAGCCUUAUUAAUGUCAUCUGGCAGGACAAUAGGGAUUCCGGAUGCAAAUGGAAAUGUAACAAGAACGAAGUAUGGUGCAACAAGAAGUGAGACUUUUUCUGCGCUCUCUUCCAUUGGUAAUGACAAGGAUUCUCUUAGGAGAAUCCAGUCUGGAACUGCCCUAAAUUUCCCUCCAUGCAACAGCUUUUGUAUCAUAAAUGGCGGCAUUGUGUUCGAAAAUUACAGUAUGCAAAACGGCAGUUAUGCAACUUCUCGAGGGUCAGAAACGCGGAGAGCAUUUAUAUUUUCAAGACAAAGUGAUUUAAACUCCUGCCCUAAUUCACCCACAGAGUCUUUAGUAUACGUGAAUCCUAGGCGUGGUACUGCCAGACUGACAAGACAAGAUUCAUUAGUGACAAGGUCUCACAAUCAUGAAACUCUUCUGUAUCAUGAUGAUUUCGUGGACCACGCACCAGGUCCCGUUCGACAUUAUCGCUGCUCGGAUAACGUCAGCACACGCGAUUUAAUCCCAUGUGAUCCGCCUCCCGAUUAUCAUCAAGCACUUUCAAUGCAAUCACCAAGAAGGGCCCCAAAAGGAGGACAUACCAUACUUCCAUUGCCUAGAACACGAAUUGUUUUGGAGGAAAACACUCGUUUACAAUCAGUGCCAAAUUCUAGAAACUAUCAUACCAUGAUGGAAACAUCACUAUGAUCGACAUGUAUUUAAAUAGCAAAAAUAUAUUUUUCACCCUAUUUAUUCAUUUUUAAUUAAAAAUAAGAAGCUCA